UGUAAAAAUACCAAACUCGUCAGGGUUAUUAAUUCAUCCUCAACACUGGGUUGGUGAAAUGCAUGUGAAACGGUGAAAAUGUCAACUCUUUUUGGUCAGUAGCCUUGUCUGUACUAGUGCUGUUGAUGUCUCCUUAUUGUGAGAGGAAUUACGUUCCCGAAGAGGAAGCUCUGUGAGUGAAAAAUACGCAUAGGUGGCUACGCAUUGGCUACGACGCUUUCAUCCGCCAGAGAAGUGGAUACUUUGUAUUUCAAAUGACCGCCUGCUUGAAGAGAUGUUCUAAGGUGAAUUUGCGGACCAUUACGCGCGGGAUAUGUGCUGGUGAAAGUAACACCGUGGUAUUGUUUUUUUUUCACCUGACCGGUUUAUUGCGUUAUUAAUCAGUGGAAAACAAUCCAUGCUCUGCAGUAAGAGAUCAAAUCUACUGCUAGCAGCCAGAACAGAGCGAAGUCACCAAAGUUUAGUGGUUGUGUUCAUGUUCGCCGUAAAGACAAAAAUGGGCGGUGACCGUUUUCUUAUCCAAUGACAAUCGUUCUGUUUUUUAAAAGCUUUUUUUCUGUUAGUCUGUUUUUCUCGGUCGGCCUUCUCUUCAUCGCCAUAUUGGCCACUCAGAUGACUUGCCUGUUUUUCUUAGCUCUUACUACGCAACCGAACUGACAGGACAGCCCUGCUCAGCUGCACUUUGUUUUUAAGCUCAGCGGCGAACCUACUGCUCGCAUUGCCAGUCUGGAGGUAGUUUGCCAGUACCGCACAUUUUCUUGGCCAUGCACGCAGUGACCAUAGUGUGGGCUUUGAACGGUUAUUGCAACAAUUGUUGGUGAUAUCAGACAUUGUUGGUUUAUGUGCGUCGACGUUUUUUACAUGUGGAAAAUGUCAAAUGUUCGUAUUUCUAAUGGAAGUCCAACGCUUGAAAGGGUGGAUUCCAGGUCGACUGAUCAUACCAAGGCCCCCGUCUGCAGAAACCUUUUCGGACCUGUUGAUCACGACGAGUUUAACAAGGAUUGUAAAAAGAAAAUGCAGGAGAUGACAAGAGCAUCCACCGAGACGUGGAAUUUCGAUUUCGCUCAGAACGCACCUCUUUCGGAUGGCAAGUUCGAGUGGAGAGAAGUGGACGGCAGAGCUGUCCCCGAAUUUUACACCAGACCACCUCGUAUACGCGCAGAUUCCCCCAACGGUGUGGAUCUUAACGGGAAUCACGAUUUACACACCAUGUAUGCCGCUCCACCGUGUGCAAGUGGUGGAGGGCGCUCCGCGGACACUGACGCUGGCCGGAGCCAACAAGACAUUUCAGAGCUUUGUAAUCCUUCACGGAAACGACAUGCAAGUCAAGAGUCUCCCCGCCUGAGUAAAAGACCCAACACAAGUUCAGGUGAAGUCUGUCGAAGUCGAGACACGACGCUCUUAGAACAGACACCCAGCAAAUCUGGUCCAGGACAUAAUCACAAACGUUAGUUUUCAAAGAAGUAAUGAGGUCUACCUUUUCCCAUGGAACACUUUUUGGUGCUUGAUAAAGCAAUGAGGAACUGCAGUGGGAAAGGACUCAAGGGGCCAACCUGAGGACAGGGCGCCCUGUUUAAGCACUGAUUUCUUUACACUAAAGUUUUUAGCACUCAAAGGAAUACAUUUGCCUCAAAAGCAAACAAUGUAGCAGUGUGCAAUUGGAUUUUUGUCCUUCUAUUGCUCAUUUUUUACUACCUAUAUGUAUGAAAACAUGUCUUUUUUUAUAUGUAGCACAUGCAAAUGUUAUAUUGUGUAAUUGUAAUAUUAUAAAGUCUUUUUUUAUUAUUACAGUCUGUGUGACUUGAAGAAUUGCAGUGUAGUUUAAAGAAAAAAAAUCUCCCCAAAUUGCUGUUUUUUUCCUUCCAAAGGAGGGUUGUCCUGUUCAGGUAUAAUCAUUAGUUAGACGUUGACAUCAGGGUUUAAAUAUGUCUAAGUCAAAAGUGCCUAUUUCAUGAGUGAGUUGAGCGCAGUGUUUAAAAAAAUGAGAUUUUCAUUUGUUUUAUGAUUUUAAUGGGUCAUAAAGUAGUACGGCUUUAGGAUUCAUAACCCUCCAAGUUACAUUGCCUAUAGCUAAAAUAAGAAAGGAAAUAGUUUACAUAUAAAUAAUGGUUGGCGGCAAGAGGACUUCUAUCUUGGGUUUAAAUGACUGUGAGCAAAUGACGUUCUGCCAAAGCUUCAACUCCUGGGAUAUGGGGGGGUCGGGUCAUGUGGAUAGUGUUGUAUUCUAUGGUAUAACUAAUAGAAUAUAGCUGUAGCUAGUAUCACUGGGAUAUCCCACUAAAAUGAUGUUGUGCCAGUUAUUUUAUCAUAGUAUUUUUUUCUGUAGAAGACAAAACACAACAUCCUACUGAGCACUUACCGUAUAACUUAAGUGUAUACUCAAAGUUUUAAAAAAAUCAUUUCAUGCAUUAAUCAUAUUGGACUUUAACACUGGGUUGAACAUUUAAACCACAUUUUCUUUUUAUUACAAAGAUGUGUCAUGACUAUCACAUUGUUGAGGUCAUGGCACUAUAUGAUCAGAUAGGGGAGGGAAGACGUUACACUGCUUUUGUUUGUGUACAACUUUGGUCUUUUGAAGUUUGUAUAUAUUGUCAUUGUGUAAGAGAACACUGAGGAAACUAUACUGACUUAUUUAUAUUAGGCUUAUGUGGUCUAUGAUUAUCCAAAGUGGCAUUUGUGCAUUUUUAUAUAUAUAUAUAUAUGACUUCAUAAUUCUCAGAUUUUAGAGGAAACAAGUAAUAAUAAAUUGUGCAAAUUUGCAAACUGAGCCUACUUUUAAAAUGUGGAUUUUGUUUUGUACUGCAUGGUUGGAAAUGCACAUUAAAAGAGUAUCAAUAUCUUAUAA